AUGGCAACCAAGGCGAACGACCACUACCUAACUCUCUCCUGCCCGGACAAGCCUGGUAUCGUGCACGCUGUCACUGGACUUCUGGCCAAGCAUGAGCUCAAUAUUCUUGAUUUGCAACAAUUCAGUGACCCUACCUCGGAGAAGUUCUUCAUGCGUGUCCACUUUGGCCAUGCCCAGGAUACCGAGCACUUGAAGCCUGAGAUCACCGAGUUGGCUCAGCAAAUGAAGAUGGACUACAGCAUUCGCCCUGUCUCCGCCAAGCCUCGUGUUUUGAUCAUGGUUUCCAAGAUUGGCCACUGUCUCAACGACUUGCUGUUCCGUCAAAAGAACAAGCAAUUACAAGUCGAGAUUCCUCUCAUCGUCUCGAACCACCCUGACUUUGAGCCUCUUGCCAAGAACUACGACAUUCCCUUCCACCACCUUCCCGUCAACAAGGACACCAAGCUGGAGCAGGAGAAGCAGAUCCUGGACCUUGUCAAGGAGAACAACAUUGACCUGAUUGUUCUGGCCCGCUACAUGCAAGUCCUGACUCCUGGUCUUUGCGAAGCCAUGUCUGGAAAAAUCAUCAACAUCCACCACAGUUUCUUGCCUUCGUUCAAGGGCGCCAAGCCUUACCACCAGGCCUACGAGCGUGGUGUCAAGAUUACCGGUGCCACUGCUCACUUUGUCACUGCCGAUUUGGAUGAGGGUCCCAUCAUUGAGCAGAGAAUCGCUCGUGUCAACCACGCCAUGUCGCCCAAGGACCUUGUCGAGGAGGGAGCCAACGUCGAGGCUCAGGUCUUGGCUGCUGCCGUCAAGUGGUGGUCAGAGGAGAAGGUCUUCCUCAACGGCACCAAGACUGUUGUUUUCAACUAG